AUGGAUUCCGACCUCUGGAUCUCGAGUCUCAUGGCUGCCAAGCGGCAGUUUGCGCUGCAGCGCACUCAGCACCAGCACGCCGCUCCGGCAUCCCAUCACGAUCGAUUCGGGUAUGAUGACAUCGAACCUGAGGAUGAUGUACGCUCAGACUUCCCAUGCCCUUAUUGUUAUGAAGAUCAUGAUGUUACUUCUCUCUGCGCCCAUUUGGAGGACGAGCACCCUUUUGAGUCUAAAAUUGUGGAAAUUGCAGAUUGA